AGGAGGAGGAGGAGGUCUCGCUUGUCAAGAACUCCUCAGAAGAGUUGUGAAAACAACCAGCCGAAGGAGGGAGUCACACAGUUGCAGAUGCAGCUCCCACGCUGAGCCACGAGACAGUCAGAUUCUUCAGGGAGAGGAGUGUGAGAGAGUGUGUGUGAGCAGAAACGCCGGAGGACGUCACUUACACUCCCACAGAGAGAGCGCUGUCACUGGAAGGUGUCUAUCCUCACGCUUUCUGAGCUGUGGAAAACUCAGCAGCCCACUGACAGGAGCCAGCCUUCUGCAGCAGAUGAAAUGAGAGCUUCGAUAAGUUACAUGUAGUCAAAAGUGGCAAAGAUAAAGGUUUCCAGAAGUACUUUGCAUUUAAAGGAGGCUUUAAACUCAAGAAGAUUGCUCCAAAUUGAGAGGAACUCUUUCGCAUCACCAUGGAUCAGCCAGCGAGCAGCUGCAUGCGGAGCGCCCAUCCUAGCAGCCCCAUAUGGGGGUGCAUGAGGAACCCCCACUCCGGGGUCCCAGGAACCAAUCUGCAGUCUCCGUACCAGCAAAGCCCAUUCUCUCUGCACCAAAAACCCGAGUUCCUGGCUUACACGGACUUCUCCACCUCCUGCCUGGUGCCGAGCGCACCCCAUGCGGCCUACCCACGGGACGACAGACUCUAUCAAGAUAGCCACGGUGGUUACCCGAGAGCUGACUGGCAGUUCAACCCCUGCGAGACCCGGUCGAGGUCAACUGACGCCUGCCCACCCAUUUCGGCCACGGUAGUGGGCACUGGAGGUGGUGGAGGUUCUGAGCUGGAGAACGUGGGGGCCGAAAGGGUGCCGGGCAGCGUCCCACCAGGGUGUCUGGAUGGAGAAUACUCACCCCAGAGUGUAGCAUCAGCUGACUCGGACAAGAAGUGCUCCAAUAAGAGGAAGAGAGAUGUCGCAGAUAUUCAGGAUUCCAGUUUUAAGGUGGAUUCCAGCUGCAAGGCCAGGAAAGAGCGCACAGCGUUCACCAAGGAGCAGCUGAGGGAGCUGGAGGCAGAGUUUACCCAUCACAACUACCUGACAAGACUCCGUCGCUACGAGAUCGCCGUCAACUUGGACCUCACAGAAAGACAGGUUAAAGUCUGGUUCCAGAACAGAAGGAUGAAGUGGAAGAGAGUGAAGGGAGGACAAUCGGCCUCGCCAAACGACCUGGAAAAUGAUGACUUGGACUCGGCCGCUUCACCCAGCUCUGAAUGAAGAAAUCCAUCACUGUAGAAAAUUACAGCAACAAAAAAAGAUGCAACUUGAUCAGCUGGGCACGGACACAGCGCUUGUUUAACUUCUGUGGAAAGUUGGCUGGUAGAAGCUUUAAUUUUUAAGACUUCUUUUUUUUUUUUUUUUUGAAAGUAUCCCAUUGGAAAUAAAAGACUGAGCACAGCUUGUACUGUUUUCUGUUGUACAUAGUUGAUGUAACGAGCUGCGUUUUGACAUUUUAUUGAUAAAUACUUGGACUGACAGCCGCUCCGUUUUUGUACUGACUGUUUAAAUAUGAAUGAAACUUGAGCUCGGUGUGGAUCGGU